AUGGAGGUUCUCAGUUCUGAUAAGGAGGAGACUGACGAUGGCGAUCCUGAUGAUGGCGGGGAAAGUGACACUGACAACCAUCGCGAUACUCUUCCCAUGGCGAAUCUUGGUACAGAGCAUGGUUCUACCGCCUGGGUCGAAGACGACGAAGUCCGGUUGAGCAUGGAUGUCGUUCGCGUGUACGAAAAUACCAUCGUGCAGCUUGGCAAUCGGCUAGGUGAUACCCUUGGCGGCAAGAUACAAAUUGGCAUUGGCGCGGAAGUCCACUCCAGGCCGGAUAGCUGA